AUGAUAGGUAAGAUAGUUAAGUUGUUAAUAAUUUCUUUAUUGUUAAUAAAAUGUUCAUCACUGCGGAACAUAUGUUUAAAUAAUGGAUUAGAUAAGACAUUAGAUAACUAUAAACCACUUUAUGUUGAUGAAAAUGGUAGCUGUAUGUUAGAUCCUAAUGUUAAAUAUGAAUUUUUAUCAAAAACAUCAAAUUUAUUAUCAAAAGAAGAUCCUCAUGAAAAAGGAUUUUUACCACAUUUAAACAAAUAUUUUACUGAAUUUUGUCGUAAGUACUACAGAAUCACCAUUAUACCUAAGGGAAAUCAAUGUUUAGAUUCCUCUAUAGUAUUUCAAUUUAAUCUUGCAGUUGCAAUUGUUACAAAUGUAAGUAGAAAAAGUUCAAGUGUGAAAAAUUUUUAUCAUAAAUUUGAUAACGCAUCUAAGUAUAUUGAAGAAAUGUUUAACUGGACUAUUUUUAUGGUAUGUAGUGCUGCACACUCAAAAUAUAAAUCUAAUGAUGUAUAUUUUAUACAAGAUGAAAAAGACAAAAUUUUUAAUGAGAAUCUUUUUUUUAUCGAAAAUAAUGAUUAUGAAAAAGAACCUUACAAUAACUUUGUUUAUUCAUAUAAUGAGAGGAUAAAAAAAAUAGUAUUUUUAUUAAAAAAGAGAUUGUAUUUAAUUGAAAAAUUUAAAAAGGAAAUUGAUUAUUAUGAAUCACAAUAUAAAAAGAUUGAUGAUGUUGCAUUUAAAGUAAUAAACCAUAUAUUUGGCUAUGACAGAAGAAAUGAAAAAAGUAUUCAAAGAUUUAUUAGAGAGAAAAGAACAGAAAUUGUUAAUUCUCUUGUUUGUGAUUUAACUUCUUUAGGGGUUUCAGAAGCUCCUCAUUGUUUAAUAACUAAAAUUUUAAUGGAACACAUGGAAAUGGAUGAUAUUUUUACAAUUGCUUAUGUAAUCAUGGCUUUGAGUGAUUAUAAUGAGGAUCAAUCAAAUAAUUUUUCAAUGACUAUCAAAAACGAUGUUCUUUUUACUUGUUUGAAUUUAAACAACUUUAAUAAAAAAUUAAAACCUGUUUUUGAAAACGAUGACAAAGAUUUUAUGAUUGGAUUAAGAGAAAUCAGAAGUUCCAGAAAAAUAAGUUUAAUCAUAAAAAGUUUUUUACUUGAUAUUUUAAGUUAUUUUUACUAG